AUGGCGCCCGAGGUGAUUGAUCUCAUCUCAUCCAGCCCGUCAAACCCUCCACCUUCUUUGCCUCGACCUGCUGCUGCUACUGUUCGCCAUGACGAACUGCGGACUGCGCAGCAAGUAAAAAAUGUCCCAAAUGGGAGAAAUACCCAUGCUUCGAUCCUCCAAGAAGAACCUCUUUUCUUUUCCGAUGAUUUCGAUACCACUAUCGAUAUAGACGAGCCCAUACUCACGGAGACGAAUGGGAGUAAAAAGCGACAUCUUUCUCCUGCGCAACCUUGCCGUCCUUUGAAGCGCACCUCUCCAGGGCCAGAGCCACAAGCCAUUCUCCCCCCUGUACGAAAGAUUGGAGGAGGUCGAACCUAUACGAUCCCCGAUCCUAUCGAAGUCACGAGUUCACCAGAACAUCACCAAUCACCCAUACGAAGACCCCCAGUCCCUGGCCCGACUAAGCCAGCGAGAAACACAGUCGAGCCCGAUGACGAUGACGACCCUUUCGCCAGUUCUCCCCGACCUAUUCAUCUCGCGCCGCCCAAGCCAGCUACAAGACCUUUCGAAUCCUCAGAUCCGUUUGCAAGCUCUUCACAGCCGUUACCGAAUACCUCGAAAGCCGUCGAUCCCAUAGCACCAUCACCUAUUCGUACCACUGCGCCGGUCUCGAAGUCAUUACAUAGGCGAACAGCUACAUGGGACCCGAUUUCUAGCUCAGCACCAGAAGUUUGCUCCUUUGACUCUUCUCCGCCUAGCAACCAAGGUCAUGUCGUUAUUGACAUCGACGACUCGGAUGCCAACGACAACUCAGAAGAUGAUUUGCCAGACAUUUCCAACUUCGACAUAGCGAAGAUUCGGCGUCGAUCGCAGCUUCAGCGCUCCCAAAGCGACGUUAUACCGUCCAAAUCCAGAUCUCGGUCAAAACCCACAACCACAACCACGAGCAAAAAGUCAGCAGCAGAUAGGGCUCGCGAGAAGGAAGCGAGAGCAGCAGCAAAAGAGGUCGACAAGGAAACGAAGCGUCGUGAGAAACAGGAAGCCAAGGAGGCAAAGGCCCGUGAGAAGGAGCGAAAUGCCGCCUUGGCCGAGGUCAAUAAGCUCCGGACGGACAAGAAGGUCUCGACUCCAGAGAUGAUGGUCGAUAUCCCUUCAAGCCUGAACCCGACGAUUAUAACCCAACUCACUGCUAUGCUGGAGCCGCUUGAUGUGCAGUUCACAACUUGGGAAAGUCCUGUUGACAAUGUGAUCAAGUGGCGCAGAAAAGUCAAGAGUCGUUUCAAUGACGAUCUUGGUCUUUGGGAGCCUAUCCCACUACGCCUGCAAGACGAAAAGCAUGCCCUUGUUGUCAUGACGGCUGAUGAGUUCGUCAAACUUGCCUUGGACGAUGAGCUAUCUUCUCAUGUCGAAAAGAUGGAAAGGCAUUUUUCUACCCACCAUAUUCUCUAUCUCCUCGAGGGUCUAAUCCCGUGGAUGCGCAAGAAUCGCAACCUUCGCAACCGGCAGUUUACUUCUCGCGUACGGGCUCAAGAAGCCUCGACAUCUACCUCCAGUCGCCGUAACAAGCCUGCCGAGAGUUACAUACCUGAGGAGACCAUCGAGGACGCUCUCUUGCAGCUGCAGGUCAUGCACGACGUCCUGAUUCACCACACCACGAUUCCCCUCGAGACGGCAGAGUGGAUCGUCAAUUUUACCCAGCACGUUUCGACGAUUCCGUACAGAAAGCAGCGGGACCAGGCCACUCUUGUAGCUGGGUUCUGCAUGGAGAGUGGACAGGUCAAGACGGGUGAGGAUACAAAAGACACCUACGUCAAGAUGCUCCAAGAGAUCGUGAGGGUCACGGCACCAAUUGCCUAUGGAGUUGCACAGGAGUUUACCAGCGUCAGCGAGCUGGUUCGAGGACUGGAGGCUGGCGGUCCGACACGCCUAGAGGGCGUGAGAAAGAGCGCAAACAAAGAUGGCACUUUUUCAGAUCGCACAAUCGGCCAAGCAGUCAGUCGACGCAUGUACAAAGUAUUCACGGGACAAGACGAGACAAGCACAGAUGUAUAA